GGUAAUAGGGGAACCUUGCUUUCUGACAAGGCAAGAGGAGGACUUGGUAAGAGAACUGAUACGUGAAAAACAUGGGGCAUAUGUCUUCAACGAUGAUCAACGUGGGAGGCUGGAUGUAGACAAGAUAGAAAUGAUCCGUAUUCAUACUGUACCUCAUGAGCCAUGGAAUGUCCGAGGAGCUAAGUAUCCCAACCCUGAGGAUCGCAGAAGGGUGGUAGAGUACCUAGAUGGAAAGAUCCGCACGGAUGUGGCAGGGUACUCCAGUGGACCAUAUGCCUCUCCCUGGUUCUGUUUUGUAAAACCAAAUGAAGUUCUUAGAUGGGUGCAAGACCUCCAACGACUAAACGAGGUAACUGUAAGGGAUGCAGGAGGUUUGCCCAAUGCUGACCAGUUGUCAGAAGCUUGUGCAGGUAGGUCGAUUGUCUCCCUCAUCGACCUCUACUCUGGAUAUGAUCAGUUUCCAGUCUAUCCGGCAGACCGUCCCAUCACGACGAUGCACACGCCAAGAGGAUUAGUUCAUAUGAAUGUUGCGCCACAAGGAUGGACCAAUGUUGUGGCUAUGGUGCAACGGAGCAUGAUCAGGGUUAUGCAGCCAAUAACCCCUCAGAUCACCGAGCCAUACAUAGAUGAUCUUGCAGUUAAGGGCGCGAUUGAGAAGGAUGAGUCAGAAGUGGCUCCAGGGGUGAGAAGGCGUGAGCCUUGGAAAGAAGAGACCAUGGCGCAGAAAGGAGCAGUGGCAGGGACCUUUGGACCUGCCUUGAGAAAGGGAGGGCAGAGGGGGGAACAGAGAAUCUCAAGGAACCUGGAGGAGUUGCCCAUUUACAGGUCUGGAGACAGCCUGCGACUUUUCCUGCGAGACCUUGAGGAGUACGCAUUAAGGAGAGAAUGGGGUGACAGAGAAAGGAUAACGAAUGUGAGAGGAGCAGGAAUGUACAAGAAGAGGAUUGAAGGAGUGGUGGCAGGUUGCACAAGGUGGAGGGUAUGCAAGGCCAGGCAAGACCAGAUAAGAAAGGAAAGGCUGCAAAAGAAGGGGCUAUGGAUUGGAAGAGAGGUGACUGAGUCACAGGGGAAGGAGGAAGAAAUUGAAGAAGAGGAUAAUGUACCUCUGAAGAAGUUGAAGGACAAGGCGAGGGUCUCCCCCAAGAGCAGCAGCAAGGAAUCUGAGCAGGCUGAGGGAGAUGAACAGGAAGAGGAGGAGGCAGCAGAGGAGAGGAAAAGAAGCAUGGGGGCGAGUAUGGUACCAAGGAAGAAGAAACUUGGAAAGAAAAGGGCAAUUGAGAGUGGAAGGAAAGAGGUACAAGAAAGGGUGAGUGAAAAAGGGGAAGGAGUAGAAGAAGAUGAAGAGGGAAAGAAGGUCCAGGGAGGAGGCAAGGCUCCCAAAGUCAAGAGAACUAAGGAAAAGAGGCCGAUUGGGGACAAGGAAGAGACAAGUGGGAUAGGAAAGAAGGAAGAUGAGAAGGAUGGCCAGAUGGAGAAGUUGAUGAGAGAUAUGAAAGAAAUGAGGAAAAAAGUGAGAGAAUUGAAGAAAGAGAGGGAGAAAUUGCAAAAAGAAAUGAGUCAAUUGAGGGUCACCCUGAAUGUGCGGAGCAGAGAACUGGAAGACGAAGUGGCCACAAGAGGUAAGAUGAAAAUAAGGGUGGAUGGUCUGGUUUCUGAGGUCAUUGUGCUAGGGCAGGACUUGGACAAUGAAAUCUCAGAAAGAAAGAAGUUGGGACAAGAGUGGGAAAAAAGAUGGGAAGAAAUAUUGAGAGGAAUGAAGGAAUUCAGAUUGAGCCAACAGGGGAAAGAGAAGGAAGCCACAGUGAUGGUGGGAAGAAAAGGGGAUGAAGAGAAGGGGGCACAGACUGAGGAGAAGAAAGAAGAGUCUCCUGCACCAGAAAAAGAAGUUAGUAAGAGUGUGGCUAUGCCUCUGCCAGGAUAGGGUAAAAGGCAAAGGGAAUCCCAGUUGACUCACCAAAGGUGGCUGAGGAUCAGACUGAGACUUCAAUCCAGCCAGACAUAAAGAGAAUCAAGCCCAUCAUGGUUGGGCAAAGGUGUUUCUUCUGCACUCAGGAAGGGCACCUCAGGAAUGAGUGUUCCAUUCUAGCAGUUUAUACCAAGGAAGGAAAAGCCAAAUAUGAUAGUCAUAAGAGAUUGGUGGCCGACACAGGGCAGACCAUUCCCAGAAUACCUGAGGGGUAGCACUUCACAGGAUACUGGGACUGCUAGUUGAUUUCUAGGUAGGAACAUGUAGAUGUUUUAAGUAAACUAUGACUUGAAUU